CCGAACGAAACGCUGCCGUGCACCAUGAUGUUCCUUACCUACGUGGCAUUUCUACUUCUAUUUUUUGGGCCCUAUAAUGCUUACGGACUUACAAAACCAAAACAUGAUAAAGUCGUUGCUUGUUACGUCGCGUCUUGGGCAGCCUAUAGGCCAGGAAAUGGUGCAUUUUCCUUAGAAAAUCUUCGCCCAGAACACUGUACUCAUUUAAUUUACGCAUUUGCUGGUAUAAAUGCCUCAGAUUGGACAAUUAGAAGUCUUGAUCCUUGGGCAGAUAUGGAGAAAAAUGGAAUUGGCAACUAUAGGAAGAUGACGGCGCUUCGUAAGCCAGAUUUGAAAGUAUCAUUAGGUAUCGGCGGAUGGAACGAAGGCAGCAUAAACUAUUCGAUGAUGGCUUCAUCAUCGGAUAGUAGAAAAACUUUUAUCGCUAGCACUGUUGAGUUUCUUAGAACGUACAAGUUCGACGGGCUGGACCUUGAUUGGGAAUUUCCUAGUAAUCGCGGUGGUGCUAAGUAUGAUAAACAAAAUUUUGUUAGCCUUGUAAAGGAACUACGAGAUGCGUUUAGAGAAUAUCGCUUCUCGUUGACGGCAGCUAUAACCGCGAAUAAUAAUUAUAUUGAUAUGGGAUACGACAUCCCUGAAAUUUCUAAAUACCUCGAUUACAUUCAUGUCAUGGCAUACGAUUAUCAUGGAGCAUGGGACAAACAGGUUCUCCCAAAUUCACCAUUGCGAAGCAAGGAUCAAUUAAGUGUGGAUGGUACUAUUACACAUUUGUUGCAACAAGGAGCGCCAGCCGAGAAAUUGGUCUUAGGAUUGGCGAUGUACGGAAGAACUUUCAUUCUUACAACUGUACCAGAAACACCAAAAAUAAAUCCGAUUGGGCUGCCCAGUCUGGAUACUGGAUUCAAAGGGCCUUACACAUCCGAAAAUGGUUUCAUGGGGUUCAAUGAGAUUUGUGAGACAUUGGUAUUACAUCCGCAAGAGUGGACAACUGGAUGGGAUAAUUACAGUAGCACAGCUUACGCGAUUAAAGAAGACCAGGUUGUGAUUUACGAUGAUCGCAAAGCAAUUAUGAUGAAGGUGGAAUACGUAAAAAGACAGAAACUGGCAGGUGUUAUGGUAUGGAGCAUUGACACUGACGACUUCCAAGGAAAAUGUUCAUCACUGCACGGUGACAUGAGUUUGCUCGAUGGAUACGAUUAUCCACUAAUGAAAUCUAUUAAUACAAUUUUGGCAAAUACAAUACCACCCGAAAAGAAACAAAGCUUCCCCAAGGAGGAAGCAAAAAAGCCAAACUCAUCGUCUGUACAAUUACCCUCGAACAUCGCGUUUGUGCUAUCAAUCACGAUGAUUUAUUUUUCGCUUUACGCAAAUCUAUCUUAAUCAUCAAAGAAUAUAAUUCAAAAAAAUAAUAAUUGAUAGUAAUCAUAAUAACUAACAAAAAGUAUUAGAGUGUGCUAACGUUUGCGUUUAUAGAUCGUUUCUUUAUUGAUACUUUUUGUUACGUCAUAAGAAUGUAAUUUUAGUUUGCGAUAUAACAUAUAUUACCUGUUGUGUCUAUGUGUGUGUGUAUGUGUGUGUAUAUAUAUGUCAUACACGAAUGAAAAGAAAUUAUACUUGCCUUUUGAUGUAAAAUAUAUUGAUAUACUUGAAAUAAUGUAUACAUAAAAUAUAAUGUUAACAGAAGAAUAUAAGCAAGAUUAUAUUAACGAUUUUAA